AUGUCGUUCAACCCCAAAGACGACAUCCCAGAUCUGACUGGUAAAGUCAUCAUCGUCACCGGUGGCAGUAGUGGACUUGGUAAAGAGAGUGCCCUCCAGCUGGCAAAACACAACCCUUCCACUAUCUUUAUCACAGCCAGAACGGAAAAGCGCGGCAACGCGGCUAUCAAGGAGAUACAGGAUGCCGUGCCAAACUUCAAAGGCCAGAUCAAGUUUUUAGAGUUGGACCUGGGGUCCUUUGCGUCCAUUCAGAAGUGUGCUACCACUUUUCUUGGCCAGUCCGAUCGACUGGACAUCUUGAUGAACAAUGCCGGGUUAAUGGCAACCCCUGCAGGUCUCACAGCUGAUGGAUACGAAAUCCAGUUUGGUUCCAAUUAUAUGGGACCGGCUCUGUUUGCCAAACUCCUUCUCCCAACCAUUGUCAAAACGGCUGACCAACACGGUGGAGACGCUCGAGUUGUCAACAUGAGCUCUGAGCUCUUUAAACAAGCGCCAAAGGAAGGGAUCCUCCUUUCUCGCGCCAAGACUCCACUUGGAGACAUUUCCAGCCUAUCGCGCUACGGUCAAUCCAAACUCGCUGAUUAUUAUCACACACGCGCCCUGAGCAAGUUGUACCCAACUGUCAAGUUUGUAGCGGUUCAUCCAGGUGUCGUCAAUACGGGUCUGUUUGAUGAUUUCCGCAAGCGCCGACCUUGGCUUGGUGCGUUGGUUAGUGUACUUGGAUCUAUUUUCCUGACAGAUGUUCACGUUGGUGCGAGGGCUCAAUUGUGGGCAAGCACAGCCAACUCACAAAGUGUUAGGAGUGGUGGUUUUUACAAUCACAAGCUUAAAGAGUAUAAAGAUGCUAUUUUAGAUGAUGACAAGGCUAGCGAAGAGUUAUGGGACUGGACCUACAAGGAGUUUGAAAGUAAAGGAUUUAAAUGA